UCCAGAGUUAUCUACUUGGGUAGGUAGGGGGUGUAUCUCGACCAUCGAGAACUUGGAAAUCCACCUAAUUCUUAUCGUGAGCCGCAAUGGAGGAAAGCUUGCUUGCGAUUUUGAUGACCCAUUGGGUCCCAAUUACAGGAACUCUAGUCUUCGGCUAUUGCCUGAGCAACAUCAUCUACAACCUCUACUUGCAUCCGCUUGCUAAAUUUCCAGGACCGCUGUUGGCACGAGCUACACAUCUAUGGCGGUUCAAGAACACGAUGAGCGGUCGACAGCACCGAAUAUUCCGGGCUGAGCACCAGAAAUAUGGCGACGUCUUCCGUGUCUCCCCUAACGAGUUGAGUUUCGCCUCGGUUCAGUCGUACCGCGACAUCUAUGGAUUCCCCCCAGCGGGACAGCCUCAAUUUAUCAAGAGUGACUUUUACGAUGUAUUCGGGUCGGGUUUCAAGACGGGAUGCAUUGGAAGUGAGCGGGAUCCGAAGGUGCAUGCCUCCAAAAAGAAGAAUCUCCUUGCAGCAUUUUCUCCGCGUAGUCUAACGGCUCAGGAGAGCAUCAUACAAAGAUGCACGGACGCGUUUGUUGCUAAAGUCGGCCCCCUGAGCCGGAAGGACAAAGCUGGUAUCGACAUGACUAAAUGGUUCGAGAUGAACGCUUUUGAUCUCUUGGGUGAGAUGGCGUUUGGGGAGAGUUUCGGUUGCGUAGCUGAGGAAAAACACCAUUUCUGGAUCGACCUCAUCCUUACGCAUCUGCGUGAGAUUGUCCUCGUGGAUAACCUACGACGAUUCCGCUUGUUAGCUAUGCUGGGCAAGUUGCUGCUACCGUCUCUCGUGACGAAAGUGAGAGCAACCCAUCAACGGUACAGCCGGGAUAAAGUCAAGAGCCGGCUCGAGAGCAAAUCAUCACGGCAGGACUUCUUUACAAAUAUCGUGGCAAAGGUCAAGAGCGAUGAUAUUGGAUUGGAGGAAAUGACGGCGCAUGCGAGCACUCUAAUCAUUGCUGGUGGCGAAACCACAGCGACAACCUUGGCCGCGACGCUCUACUAUGCACUACGUUCACCCGAGGUACGCUCCAAGUUGACGAACGAGAUACGCGAGCACUAUAAAUCGUACGACGAGAUCGAUUCCGUCUCCGCCCUCCAAUUAUCAUAUCUCCAGGCCGUCAUCAACGAGGCAUUGCGAAUCCACCCUUCUGGUGCUGGUGGGUUUCCACGCAUCUCUCCUGGUGCAAUCGUCGACGGACAUUGGGUACCUGCUGGAACAGAAGUAUACACCAGCACAUGGUCGGUGUCGCAUGACGAACGCUACUUCGCAGAUCCAGAUGUAUUCAAGCCGGAGAGAUGGAUCGAUCCCGAGUGCAAGGACAUCAAGGAAGCGAGUCAACCAUUCUCACUUGGAUACAGAGCUUGCAUCGGACGAAGCUUUGCUUUUGUCGAGAUGUCGCUUGUCCUCGCGAAACUAUUCUAUUCGUACGAUAUGAAUCUUGUGGAUCAAGAUCUUGAUUGGGAAAACGGGUCAAGGCAUUGGGUUAUGUGGUGGAAAGCCCCAGUUCGGAUCCACGCCCGAGACGCGUUCCUGCCGUAGAUACUGUAGUUUAUAGUGACUUAUGGGC